AUGGCUACCGAGGCUACAGAUAUCCCAGAGGAGCAAUUGAAUGCUCAAACACAGGGUGUUGAAGAUGAGGAGGACAUCGCCGCGAUGAAGAAAAGAGUCGCAGAAAUGGAAUCCGAAGCAGCCAAGCUCCGCGAAAUGCAACAAACCUUAGACGCCGAGUCAGAGAGCCUACGAGAAGAUAAAGAAGAUAUUGAUGCUCGAAGCAUAUUUGUCGGAAACGUUGACUACGGUGCUUCGCCGGAGGAGAUUCAGGCGCAUUUCCAGAGUUGCGGUUCGAUUAAUCGCGUAACGAUUUUGUUGGAUAAGUUCACGGGUCAUCCCAAAGGAUAUGCCUAUGUCGAAUUUGCAGAGCCCAGCCUGGUUGCGCAGGCCUUGGUUUUGAACGAGAGUGUCUUUCGCGGACGUAACCUGAAGGUCACACCAAAGCGUACGAACGUGCCAGGCAUGGCCAGAGGUCGAGGUCGGGGUCGGGGUGGCCGUGGCUUUGGUCGCGGUGGCUUCCCACACCGCGGUGCUUACCGUGGAGGUGGCUAUCGUGGCCGAGGCCGUGGAUAUGCGCCUUAUUAAUGGUUUGAAAACGCAAGUCAAGUAGAUGCUGGAGAUGUCACGAUGGGAAGAGCAUAUUUCUUUUUAUUACCACAUUUGGCAAUGACAGACGGUUUUGCGAGCGGUGGAACUUCAUUCUCCAAUUGUCUACCUCCUCUCUUUUUGUUGUGUUCAUGGUUGAGGGUUAGGAGUUGAUGGUGUAUGAUAUACAUAUAGUUA